AUGACGUUGUAUUUAUUCUUUUUAUUUAUCUUUUCAAAUGUAUUUUGUAAAAAUCAAGAACAACCAAGAAUAUAUAUACGUGUCGAUGAAGAAUUACCAUUAUCAACAAUAUUAUUUACAACUAAUAACACAAUAACUUAUCGUCUAUUUGAUACAGGUAGAAAUCAUAAUUCUUUUGUGCGUUAUGAUGCGUUGAAUGGCCAUCUUUUACUUGCGCGUUCACUCGAUCGAGAAUAUCUAUGUUCUCAACAUGCAUGUUCAUGUACACAAUGUCAAUUAACAAUUGAAUUAAUUGAAUGGCAAAUACCAUAUCGUCUUUUACAACUUGUACUCAAUAUAGAUGAUAUCAAUGACCAUGUACCGACAUUUUCAUCAAAAAACUAUCAAUUUAAUUUAAUGGAAAAUGUUCCAAUAGGAUAUGAGAUCAGUUUAGAACAAGCAAAUGAUGCUGAUUUGAGCGAAAAUAGUCGUAUUAAUUAUGAGCUUAAAUAUUUACAUGAGAAAAAUAACGAUGGCCCAUUUGAAAUAGUGACAAAGAUUAAUGGUGGUUUAGCAUUGAAAGUUAUCAAAGAAAUCGAUCGAGAAGAACAAGAUCAUUAUGAAUAUGAAUUGAUUGCUUUCGAUAAUGGUCAACCGAAAAGACAGAGUUCAACAAAAUUAUAUAUUAAAAUUGAUGAUAUGAAUGAUAAUUCAGUUGUUCUAGCAGAGACACAUAUUCGUCUGAAUAUAAGUGAAAAUACGCCUGUUGGAACUGAAUUAUCACGUAUUCAUGCGACAGAUAAAGAUAUUGGAUUAAAUGGAAAAAUUCAUUAUUCGAUUAGCAAUGGUCUACCAUCGUCUAGCUGGAUGGAUUAUUUUCGUAUUAGUGAUUCAACUGGAGUCUUGACUUUAGUCAGUCCAUUUGAUUAUGAAUCUGAACAAUCAUAUCGUUUAACAGUUCAAGUUCGUGAUUUAGGUGAAAAUUCUCUGGCUAAUUUUGCUACCAUCGAUAUUUUUAUAAUUGAUGAAAAUGAUAAUAGCCCACAAGCAUUUGUUACAUUUGUUGAAUCUCUUGUAAAUGAUUCAGUGAUUUCUAUACAUGAAAAUACUCCAAUAGGACACAUUCUAGCACAUGUUUCUAUAUCAGAUCAAGAUGCUGGUUUGAAUGGUGAAAUGUCGUAUCGUAUUGAACAUGGUCAUGAUCUUAUUGGAAUACGUACAAUUGAUCAAAAAUCAUUUUUACUUACUAUUGAACGUUUAAUUGAUCGAGAAAAUAAUAAUCUACAAUCCGAUAAUUUUACUUUGAUAAUUAACGAUCAUGGAAAACCAUCGAAAAUUCUUCGACUCGAAUAUAAAAUAAUUAUUACGGAUGAAAAUGAUUCUCCACCAUUAUUUAAUCAAUCAAUAAAUUGUAAUAUACAAAUAAACCCGUCAGAAAAUAAAUCUAUAGAUAAUAAUCAGCUAUUGUUUCAAGUUCAUGCAACAGAUUUAGAUAUAGGUGAUAAUGGUCUUAUAUCUUAUUCAAUUCUUCCACCGUAUAACAAUUCAUUUGUAAUUAACACUCAAGGUCAAGUAUUUAAUUCAGAAAUUUUAAAUCAAUCAACCUAUUAUCAUUUACGUAUUAUGGCUAUCGAUCAUGGAAAACCGAGCCGAUUAAAUUCAACGCAUCAUUGUUAUAUAUCAACAUCAACAACGAAUAUUGUAGAUAAUUCAAUUGAAAAUGAUACUAUAUCUUUAUUAAAUAAUUCAUUCGUUAAUGAUAAACAAUAUUUUCAAUGGUCAUUAUCAAUUUUCGAUCAUUAUUCAUAUGUAGUUAUUGGUUUAUUUGCACUUUUUCUAUUUAUUUUUAUUGUAAUUAUAACAAUUUGUAUAACAUUAUGUUUAUAUACUAUGAUAUUUGGCUAUCAAAAAAAUCGAAAUCAUAAAAAUACAUAUAAUUGUGCAAAGCAAUACAAUUUAUAUGAUACACUAAAUAGAAAAUCUCCAUUUACACAUGAUGAAAGUGCUUGUAGUAGUAAAUUAGAUGAUAAUGAUGAUAUGACAUCAGAAGAACGUGAACGACUUGUUAAUUUCAAUAGUAGUGAUCAAACAUCAUGUGAAUCAUCGGAUUCAAUGAACAAACAAAUAAAAAGUAUAAAUAAGAAUUCAAUAUUACGCCCAUUAUCAGAUCAUCCAAAUUUUUCACGAAUUAUUCGCAACAGUUAUCCACCAUCACCUUAUAUUUCAUCAAUGCCUUCUGUUGUUAUUCCACCACCAAAACCUCCUCGAGACAGUGGUUACGAAACUAUUUCUUUAAUGAAACAACAACCAAUAAUUGCUGGACGACCAUUAUCAUUAUCGAUUUCAACAGCAACAACCUAUACAAGUAGUGGUACUGAUUCAUCAUCAUCACCACUUCCACCACCAUUAAUGAACACAUUUCGACCGCCUUAUUUACCGUACAAAUAUAAUUUGCCUAUAUCAAAUGUUGUUCGUUUAGCCGAAGAAGAAAAAAUAGAUGUUUAA